GGAAGAAGAUUUACAUGAGAAUGAGCUAGCCAGUCAUUUUUGAUUAAUCAAGUGAAUACUGUAAAGAUCUCUUAUUUUUCCGAGGUUUUCUGCCGCAACCAUGGAGUCUUAAAUGAUCUCUGGAAAGAUGUUUUUUUGCUCAUCAUUUUUUCUCAAAUUUAUCAGCCUAAUUCUGCUACAUGCAACCGCUGAAAGCGAGGUAAGUUUCUUUAUUGGUUUUAAAUGGCGAAAUGAAGAAUUUUUUUUAACCCCGGUCAGUUACAAAUCCCAGGUUGCUGAGAGAUUUAGUAGAGACUACAAGGCCGCAAAGACCACCUUUCAGUAGUAUUGCCCUGAAAGAACGCCCUGAAAAAAGGGUUAAAAUUCGACAAUUUAUAUUGGUAACUUUGAAAAAACAAUGCUCUACGAAUCUUUGUUCGUUUAAAGGAUUCAAAAUUUCCUGUGUAUUUAAGAAAGUGGGGAGGCGAAUGCAAAUUGUUCACGGAAUCUUAACAGUGGCCGAAAAUUUGUGGGAAAGUCACGACUAUAAUAAUACCUCAAAUUUGCAAGCUAUCGUCUUCUUUAAUUAAAAGAGUUUUUUUUAAUCCGACUCAAACUGAAUAGAUAUGAUAUUCAUUUAUAUUUAGUCUAGAAUUACAGCACAUUAUGCUAUGAAUAAUAAAAAAUAUUUUGCAUCGUGCUUUGUUUAAAAUAGGCUUGUUUCUCACGAUGGUUUCUUUGCUGUUACUGAUCGCGACGUUUGUCAGAGUUAAGUCAAAUUACGAAAAACAAUAGGAAAUUAUGUUAAUAAUAUUCUAAUUUACCGGAAAACUUUAGUCCUCGACGGUUUCUUUGAUUCAUGACUAAACAGAAUGUCGCUUACAUUUAUCCUUUAGCUCUCAGUUGCUUAGAUUCACAAGCGUAACGCGGAAAAUAGGAAUUCUGUGGUCACUAAAAACCAUCAUAAACGAAAUCCUCUCCCAUGACUCAUUUAUCUAACAGAAUAUUGUUGAUUCGUUAUCUUUGUCCUCUCCACGCAGGUGCAGCUUAUUCCAAAUGACUCUUUCUGUAUCCCUGUACAUCAGCCAGAACAAUUUGGUAGAGAGGUAAUAUAUAUUUUUAAAACUUCUUAUCACAAUCAAUUUCAAUUUUGAUCUUGGCGUCAGUUAAGAAUAAUACUUAGUACUCCAGGUUUGCCAUUCAAAUGUUCAUGAUAAAUGUGCUUUCUAAAAAAUCUCUCUCUAUAAAUUCUGCAUACCAUAAAAUUCCGAAAGUAAGCUCCGGGGCUUAUAUUUUUCAAAAGCCCUCUUUGAGGAGCUUAUUUUUGGAGGGGCUUAUCUACGUAGGGAAAUUUGCGUUUCAUAAUCGAUUUGGCUAGCCUUAUAGUUGGAAGUAAAUUUGCCGUUUUUGCUUUGUUUUACUUUGUAUUUGAGGGCAAUUUUCCAAGUACAAGCCCCCCCCGUGGGCUUAUAUUUGGAGGGGCGAUUUAACAGAGGGUUUUUUGCGUUACCGGUUUGGGGGGGCUUAUAAUUGGAGGGGCGUAUACAUGGAGGGGCUUAUUUCGGGAAUUUUACGGUAUUGUGGGGGUGUUCGAGCAACUCGCUCGCAAUGCGAUGAGGUACCAGGAAAAUGAUAUUAUUCCUUGGUCUUUAUUCUUUUUUGACAUCUGCUAACAAACUUAAUCUUAAUCUUUUCGUACUUUUCUUCUCUACUCAAUCCUGUACUAACUAGUUCAAGUAUGGUAACGGUUUUUACGGCCAAGGCGACCACCAAUGAAAAACUAACAUCUGUCAAUGGCAAGCGAACAAUAUUCCUAAAAUGGAAUUAAGUAAAUUCUCGAGUUAGGCAAAGAAUCAACAAGUAAAAACACAAGAUGAAAACAGAAAAACACCUAUGUGGAAAAAUCAAGACUAACCUUGACCCACUUAAUAAAACAGAAACGGAACUUAAAAGAAAAUACAAAUCUUGAAAAUUACUAUCAAAAUACUUUACAUCAAUAUGUAUAAAGUAAAGCAUAUACCAUGUAUACACGAUUCGGUCAAUAAACCUAACCUCGUCCCAAAGAGGAUUUUUCCCAGGGUAAUUUCAAUACCCACAAAGGGCUGAAGUCUGAUUUGUAAUCGUUAGUAAGCUUGAGGCAGGCUAUAACUUAAAGGAGUGCUUUGAAAUCACCUCGGCAGUAACUGAAAGGGCCUUUAAUACACGGCUUCGUCCGUUCGCUAGGUCCGACGAUUAUGCAAUGCUGAUGAGCCCUAAUAAGGGCAAAGCAUCUGUCCAUGGCUGCCACUGCCCGAAUGAUGUGGCUUUGAGCAUGCCUGAGGUAAUGGCCAGGCUGUGGGUUGGUGUAGGUGUGUCACUUGCUCUAGACUACGACAGGAGCCGAUUACGGCUCCUGACUACGAGUAGUCCCCAGUUUUCCUCAGGGAUAGUAGAGCGAGCGAAACGCGAACGCACGUGAAAAUAACCCCACGCGAGAAAGGCGACACGAGGCGGGGAGAGAGGAAAAUGAAUGAAAAUGAAAACCGUUUUUCCCUUCCGCGUCUCACCUUUCUCGCGUGGAGUAAUUUUCACGCGCGCUCGCGUUUCGCUCGCCCUACUAUCCAUGAGGAAAUAUGGGGACUACUCGUAGUCUACACUUGCUCUUAUUAAGUUUUUCUUAUAACGAAAAAGCAAAGUAACGAAUUCAGAAAAGGUUUAAGAACAUAAAUAAUUUAAUCGCAUUUAUGUCUCACCGAUUUCACCUCUAACAGCCCUCGAUGCGGGAAACCAUCCGGAAACUUUUCACACGGCUUAUGUUGGUCAGCGGUCUCCUCCUAUUUCUGCUCUUCCUUGUAGUCAGCCAUGUUCAAGCUCCGAAUUAAGAANCAUAAAUAAUUUAAUCGCAUUUAUGUCUCACCGAUUUCACCUCUAACAGCCCUCGAUGCGGGAAACCAUCCGGAAACUUUUCACACGGCUUAUGUUGGUCAGCGGUCUCCUCCUAUUUCUGCUCUUCCUUGUAGUCAGCCAUGUUCAAGCUCCGAAUUAAGAAAGUUGUGUUAGAAGUAUUGGCCCAAUAUUGGCCCAUAGACUCUUGAACCAUCCCUGAGGGCAUGGGACGAGCAAUAUCAUUGAAAGAAACAUACCUUUCACAAUCUUAAUUCAGUCGGGCAUAGGGUAGCGGCGCUGAUUUUUCUUCAUUUUUCAUACAACAGUAGUGUUCAAAUGUUGUUCUCAUUACGACUUUGUUUCAGGCGCAAAGUUAGGCAUAUGUAGUAGAAACACAAAUUUGCCUGUGGGGUACAAAUUUACUUUGGCUUUCAAUGUAUCUACCUUCACCGUUAAUUGAUUAAUUCAACAACUUAUUUCUAUCAAAGGGGUUUAUAAAAAAAGUGCCCUUGUUUCAUAGUUUUCAUAGGAAAUGUUAUUUGAGGGCAUGCUUUUCGGGAGUUGGCCGCUAAUUCAGUCAGUUACAAUAUUAGACCUGAUUAUUGUAACUUGUAAGAUUCUGAUUUCACUUGCAGGGACUCCUCAGGGUAUUCCACAUGACUCCUCUAUGGCUUGAGACGAAUGCAUCUCAUAUUGACUGCCAGCAUACCGCAUCCGCUGCUCAACUGACUUUCAACGCAGGCUCAGUAAUGCAUGUUGUUCUACUUAAAGUUCCUCUUGUCGCUGCUGGUGUAUUGCACGAUUCGACUCUGCUAACUGUGCAAAUAACCGUUGCUCAUGACGUCACUAUCGGAAACACAUUUGACAGUGAUAUUAGAUACGGCAUUUCUGAUGGAAGUCGAUUUGUUGGGUUUGAAGUCUGCGACAAAGGAGAUUACGCAGACAAUGCGCCUUGUUAUGGGGUGGAGGGUGUCCCAGGGGUUUCCCUGUCAUCUAUCCAACAUAUUGAUCAUAAAUCGUUUAAGACUAGUGAUUCUCAUUACCCGGGUUUGUUUGAUUUUACUCUGCAUCUAAAUGAACGAUGGGGCUCAUGCUACACUGCUCAUGAUGGAGGCUAUACCAAAACCACACAGUACAACAACCGACUUAAGUUUAGCCAGGGGCUUUCCUUGGAGGUGUACAAAAGUGACAGUGGCGAAAGGGUGGGGGUGAAGUACAUCAAAGUAGUUGUUGUAGAAACCUCUAAGACAGGUUGAUUUGACCUUGAUGUUUAUUAUUACGCUCCUGUAAUAGCCUUUGUCAGUUUCAGCUCCCGAGAAAGAGUUUGUAUGAAAGUAUCAUUGACGCUGCUAUUCUUGCAGGGACUUGGUCAAGUUAAAUCUGACG